UGUCUGUGCAGUCUUGUCUUCAAACUCUCGUGUGCUGGCUUGAAGAACGAUCUUCUACAACAGAGCUGAAAUAACAUAUUCUUCCGCCACAAGAGCCAUGGACUUUGUGGAGCCCCUCCUAGGCAUUGCAGAGAAGCUCUACUCUCUAUGUAAGGAAGCGAAGGCCAAUAAAAGUCGCUGUUCACGGCUCGCAGAACGUGUGAGGCUUCUGAUGGACCUGUUGCAGACAGUCAACAGCCUGGGGGCACAGACCGAGCUGGUGAAGAAAGGCCUUGAGGUGCUGAAGGUCACCUUAGAGUCAGCCCAGGAAGAGGUGAAGAAGUAUACCAGCACCAACCGCCUGAAGCGCUUUCUGAAGGCCUAUGACCUGGGAGAGGAGUUUGGGAUGCUGAAUGAACGGCUCAGGGACGCUGCCCAGCUGCUCUCGCUGUCCCUGCAAGCUGAACAAAAGGAGAAGCUAAAUAACAUAUUCAGUGAGGAAAGGCGCAGGAAGGAGGAUGAGGCAGACAGGAAGAAAGACAUCAAGGAGAUGAUGACAUUGCUGCAGUCCCUGGCAGAGGAGACCAAGGAAACUGUGGACGCUGUGCAUGAGAAAGUGGAUUCCACAAAUAAAGAUGUGCAAGUCAUCAAGGCCAUGUUGGAGUCUCUGAAGAGGCCCAGCCUCCACCUUGAGGAUAUUAAAGAGAUCAAACCAGAUGAGCUGAAGUUUGAUUUUCCCAGGAACCCCAUAAUGACAUCCCCCUCUUCAGAGGUGUACAAAGGAGAAUACAACAAAUUCACUGUGGCCAUCAAAAGAUACAAACAUGCCAGCAACACUACACCAGAGCAAGUGAGGAGUAUAUUCAAUAAGGAAGUGGAGACCAUGAAACGCUUUGAGUCGCCCAACAUCCUCCGCAUGUUUGGAAUCUGUGUAAUGGAAGGAGAUGGACCCAGCCCAAUCUAUCUCAUUGUCAUGGAGCUCUGUGAGAAAGGCAGUCUGCGGCAGGUGCUUGAUGGGAACUGCAAACUGUCCUGGGAAAGACGGGCAUGUAUGAGCCUGGAUGCUGCCCAAGGCCUGUAUAGGUUACACCAGUCAGAGGACAAGUUUAAAGUACACGGCUGCAUCAACAGUAGCAAGUUCCUGGUGGAUGAUGGGUACAGAGUGAAGCUCGGGGGCUUUGAGCUUGCAAAAACAGAGAGCUCCCUGAAGAGGAACAAAAAUGGAAACAUCAGCUCCUUAUGCUAUUGCUCCCCUCAGCAACUUCAAAACAUCAACUACCCCUACGACAGGGUCUGCGAGAUGUACAGCUUUGGCAUUGUCUUGUGGGAGAUCGCUACUCGAGAGAUUCCCUUCAAAGACUGCCCCUCACCAAAAGAGAUCAAAAAGAAGGUCUGUGAGGAACGGGUCUCAGAUCCCCUCCCUGAAGACUGCCCCAGGGACCUGGCAAACCUGAUCAACAGCUGCCGCUCAUAUGAUCCCUUUUGCAGACCAACAGCUGGAGAGCUGGUGGACAAACUGAGGAAGAUGGUACAGGAGAUGAGGACUGAAGGGGUGAGAGGUGCCAUGGCAUCCGAGAUGGAAUAAGCUUGAGCCAGCAGGGAAGAGACCAGGCAUGACAUUCUGAUGCAGAAUCCCCCUUGCCCAAGGGCAAAAGCACCCACAGGGCAGAAUAAUCACAGCUGCUCUCUAAGUUGGGUUGUGUAUUCCUCAAAUGCAUGCAUUUUAGUUUCAUAUUAAUUCUUCUUUCUUUCAUAUUUCAUAUUAAUUGUUUUAGUUUUUAAUUCCUCUGAGUCGAUGAUAAAAAAACCCACUUGUUUCUAUACCAGGAUGUUUCUUCUCCUUAAAGUAAUGGGGAUUAUAUAAUAUUAUAUACAUACUCACAUGGUGUAAGAAUGGUGGAGAGGGAGAAGGAAAUCAGUGAAAAAUCUAUUUGAUGAAAUGUGAAUUUGCUGAAGUACUACAGUACAGACUGUCCUUUGGAAUUGUGUCUCAAACAGAUCGAAGGGUAGCACAUGAAUGCUCUGGGUAUUGUACAUCUCCAAUGUAAGUCAAAUUUGGUUAUUGUAUAUCCCAGGGGCAAACAAAACAGUUUUACCUCAAGAUGUGGAGAAUUGUGCAUAUAAAUAUUACAAUGAUAUAUUAACACAGUUCCAAAUUUUG